GGUCUCCGAGCCCGUGGGAGUCCGUCAUGCAGCAGCCGCCGCAGACCGUCCCGGCAGGAGCCGCGGCUCCCCCGCCGGCCGCUCUGGCCCGCAGCGUGUUCUGGCGAGGCGGCUCCCUCGCUAAACGCCCAAAUGCAGCCGCUGUCCCCGUGCAACCCGUCACAGACCCCUUUGCGUUUGGCAGACAAACACCCCAGGGGUCCCCUGCAGGUACCGUGCCCAAGGGCCACGUGCUGGCUAUGCAAAAUCCUGCCCCAGGGAUGUUUCCCCAACCAGCUGUUAUGCAUCCUUCACCUCUCCACGCAGGGGACAAUCCUCAYGGACUGCCUACGCCUUUAUCAGCUGCUGUGUCUCAAGCAGGGAUAAAUCCCAGUACGUUUUCUAAUAUUCCAGCUUCUCCACCGCCCCCAGGAUAUGUUACAAAUAGUACGACAGAGGUUUAUCCAAAUGCAGAUGCUGGACUCCACGGCCCUGCAGCGUCAUUGCAAUAUAACACAGGAGCAGCACUUGAGAAUUCUUUCAGUGGGCAUCCUGGAAUGGUGUCUACAGCAAACAAACCUGGAGUUAGGCAGGAUAUUAACAGAGAACCAAGCGAUGCUUCUCCGGGAUCCACUGCAACACUCUUCUCUCCGCCUCCUCAGCAGUCCAUGUCUCAGUGGAGACCCGUUCARGGUAACGUGCAGUCUCCAGUUCGAAAUGUUGUGCCCUAUCCUGAGCCAUCUUUUCAAACUGACAUUCAUAACCUUUCUCAGACUUCUGUUAGCACUUCUCAUCCUUCUCUACAGACAAAUUUGCAGCAGGGUCCUGUGCACCAAGCUGUUCCACAAAAUAUCAUGCAAGCACCUUCAUUAGCUGGCUGUGAAAAAAAUGGGAAAAACAGCUCUGCAGGUAACAGUCAUCAUAUGAAUAGCACCCAGCCUGGAAAUACGUUUAGACAGAACGCAGAAAUGACUAAUUCUUGGUUAAAUCAACCCUAUCAAGAGCAGUUUUACCCACAGCCACCACUGCAAGACUCCAGUUUUGUUAUUCCCACAGCUCAGGAAAAUAACCCCCCAAAACAGUCUUUAGAUAUGUCUAAUGCAUCAAGUAGACCUACCCCCACAGAUCGAGAGUCAGGAACUCUCUCGAUGUUUUUCAAGGGGGAUGAAGCUGAGAAUGAGGAAAUACUUUCAUCUGAAAAAAACUACAUGGCUGAGAAAACUGAAUUUGCUGCUCAGCCAAAUGUGGGACCCUUAUAUCACCAGCCAGUGCAUCCUCAGCGGGUUGCAACAAAUGUUGUGUCUCAGAUGCAGACUGGGACAGGCUCAGCCAGUGAGAYGGCACAAAAAGGAAUGGAUGUCCAGUAUUUUCCUAAAGCUGUAGGCAGUCCCCAGGAGAUGCAGACCAGUAAGCAUUCUGUGUUUGCUAACGAUGACACAAUGCAUGCCAGUGACCCAUCUGGAAACAGUGGGGCACAGUAUGAAAAUGUUGAGAACCUGGAGUGUAUCCAGAAUCAGGAAGUGCUGCCUAGYGAACCGCCAAACAUGAGUGCUCUGUCCCCAGCUGCCUGCUCCGAUCCGUACCGCUACGGAUCCUUACCUGCUCAGGUGUUUCCCAAGAAUGCUGUCGUGAGCCGAGCUGAGGGAGGACCAAAUUUGGAGGCACCUGAUUCACUACCUUAUCCUGUUCGACCGGAUAGUGUCUCUUCCACCUACAGCAAUCGGAGCCAUCGGAGUGCUUCUAGCUCAGCAAGACCUCAUGAGCAAGUUGGUACGUUCAUUCAGCAGGAAAGUGGGAAGCCUGAUGAGGAAGCUUCUGCAAGCUUCUUUAAACAGAUUGACUCUUCUCCUCUGGGAGGGGAUUCAAGUGAGCUAAACAUGAGCAAGAACUACCAUGGCAGUCUCUCCCAGCCUCCAACUCCCAGCCCUCCUAAGCCUACUGGAGUAUUCCAGACAAGUGCAAAUAGUUCUUUUGAACCUGUGAGGUCCCAUGGAGUUGGGAUAAAACCUGCAGAGAUCGACCAAGCGAAGAUGGUGGUUGAAUUGAGAGAGAACCAUCCAAACCAAAAGAAUAUCAAGAAAAAUACAGCCAUGCCGACUGCUUCUCCAGGUAAUCUUGAACAGCCACCGGAUAAUCUGGAAACCAUUUUCAUGCCUCAGGUCCACCCCCUGCCUCAUGCCGUCRCUGAUGAAGCUGGAAAUAUGUUGCACUCUGGAUCUGGUAUGGAAAAUACACAGUUGUUGUCUGAGAGAAGGUCCUCCACAAGAGCUCAGGGCAUGGUUAAGAAGUGUGACAGCCCAGCAACAACUCUGUGGGCUCAUAAUGAGUUGCCUAAUUUUGGAGGAAAUGUUCUUCUAGCUCCUGCUGCUCCUGCAGUGUAUGUACCUGCCCGGCAAACCAUGGAAGUCAUUCAGCCACCAGAUGAAGGCCUGUCUAAUCAGCAACCAAACAAGCCAGGAACUAUUGCUGUGCAUCUUUCCCAAGAUGGAAAUAUGUCUUCUGAAAAUCUUGAGAAUCCUCCCAAAAUGGGAGAAGAGGAGGCACUUCAGUCUCAGGCAAGUUCUGGUUAUGCAAGUUUAUUGUCUUCUCCACCUACAGAGUCUUUGCAAAAUCAGCCUAUCCUCAUUGCUCAGCCUAAUCAAAGCUAUAACUUAGCUCAGCCAAUUAAUUUUUCUAUUUCUUUAUCUAAUCAGCUAAACAGAAAUGAAAACAAUCAGCCAGUGAAGGAUGCUGGGGUUGGGGACAGGCCUGCAUUGGGUCCCCAAACUUCACGUGCUGGUGGGUUCGUCUCUGGGGAGAAUGUGCCAUCACCUGUGAUGCAAGCUGGAUCUCUGCUAGUGAAUGCACUUCCAAAUACUAAUCUGUUAAACCAUAAUUUACUGCAAAGCCCUGUUAAUUCCUCUGAUAUUGCCUCUAAUCAUCCUGCAAAGUUGCUGAUGCAAACUCCGCUUAAUUUGACUCCAGACGGUCAAAUGAAUGUUCAUUCUGAAGGCUUUGUUCCUGAACUUGCUAGCAAACCAGGGGCUAACUCAGCUGUUUCGCCAGGGACGAAUCACCCCAGUGGAAGUGCAAGUGCACUAGUCCCACCUGGUAGUUCCGUAGUUCAGGCUAAUAAUUUCACAAAUCACUCAAAUAGCAAAGAAGAAGCUGCUGGUGUGCAUGACUUCUCAGUAUCACGGACAUUGGAGAAAAGCAGUGCGAGUAAUUCUGUACAUGUGCAUAAUCAAUCGCUUCCUGGUGGACCAGUGUAUCCUCAAGAGCCAGCUGGCAGUGCUGGACAGGUGGGUCCUGAAAUGCAUGACAAACAGCAUUUCUAUCAGCAGGUAACAAAAGAUACCCAAUACCAGGCUGUACAGGGAGCAGUGCCCUCUCCACCACAAAUGCAAGCGCCUCAGAUGCAGCAGCCGUCGUCACCUGGGCAGCCCUCAGCAGCCCCAAGCCACCAGGCAGGGACUAAAGCCGUGCAGGAGUGCCAGCAUCACGAGAACCAGGUGCCUGGUAACCCUGCUCAUCCCACGGGUCCCAAAGAGGGCAGCUCAGCUCAGCUCCCAACAGGGAGUGAUCCCGUGAGCCCGGAGAAGCAACCAGUGCCUGCACAGUCAUCCUCCACAGCUGCUCCUGCCACCACCCCGGCAGUGCCAAGUGUGCAGCAAGACCUGCAGCGGCCACCCCCGCCUCAGACUCCUCAGGGUGCCUUUGGUCCACCACAAAAUCCUUAUUAUUACUAUCGACAUCCGUAUGAUGCCUACCAGCCUCCAUACCCAGCACCUUACCCUCCUGGAGACCCCAGGGCCGCAGCUCAUCUUUAUUACAUGGAGGACAGCUAUGGCCAGUAUGACCCACGAUACAGGCACUACGAUAGCAACAGUGCUGCGUUUCCAGAGGCUGGGAGCUACCGGUAUCCUGAGCCCGAGCGUCCCAGCUCCAGAGCCAGUCACUGCUCUGACCGGCCUUCUUCUAGGCAAGGAUAUAAUGAAGAUUACUAUACAAAAGGUGGAUGGAGUGAUUAUUAUUCAGGCUAUUACUCUAACUUAUAUGAUUAUGGAGAUCCAAAUCGUUGGGAACGUUUUUCCUCGGCAUAUGACCCCAGAUACAGAGAUCCUAGAAGUUAUGACCAGAGGUAUUGGUACGAUGCUGAACACAACCCCUACCAAAAGAGAGAAGCGUAUCCUUAUGGUAACAGACUGGACCGCUAUGAAGAUCACUGGCGGUACGACCCUCGUUUCGCUGGCAGCUUUGAUGAUGAAGCUGAACCUCCCCGAGAUCCGUACGGCGACGACUUCGACAGACGCAGCGUCCACAGCGAACGCUCUGCUCACAGUCUCCAUAGCUCCCGUAGUGUCCACAGCCACCAGAGCAGUUUCAGCUCUCGUUCCCAACAAAGCCAGCUGUAUAGAAGUAAUCAUGACCUAACGGCUAACGCGUAUGACACUGCGCAGGCCGUGUCGCUCCACCCAGACUACCCGUACGGCGGAUACGCUGCCACCUUUGAUGGCCAACAGCCCUUUGCAGAUUAUGGCUACCCACCCGAGAGCGGAUGGUCAGCUGUAGAGCAAGUACCUUUAAGGCCCUCAACACCUGAGAAGUUUUCAGUGCCUCACAUCUGUGCUCGGUUUGGUCCUGGGGGCUACUUAAUAAAAGUGUUGCCAAACCUGCCUUCGGAAGGACAGCCAGCUCUGGUUGAAGUUCACAGCAUGGAGACUAUGUUACAGCAUUCUCCAGAGCAAGAGGAGAUGAGAGCAUUUCCUGGUCCUCUUGCUAAGGAUGACACCCAUAAAGUGGAUGUUAUCAAUUUUGCACAAAAUAAAGCUACACAGUGCUUUCAGAAUGAAAAUCUAAUUGAUAAAGAAUCUGCAAGUCUGCUGUGGGACUUCAUUGUACUGYUGUGCAGGCAGAAUGGGACUGUGGUGGGAACAGAUCUGGCUGAACUUUUGCUACGAGAUCAUAAAACAGUGUGGCUCCCUGGGAAGUCGCCUAACGAAGCAAAUCUGAUYGAUUUCACUAAUGAGGCUUUGGAACAAGUCGAAGAGGAAUCUGGUGAAGCCCAGCUCUCGUUUCUCACAGAUAGUCUUAUAACCACAAUUGACAGCCUUGAGAAAGAGACAGAAAGAUUCAGAGAGUUGCUGCUUUAUGGCCGUAAGAAGGAUGCUUUGGAGUCAGCCAUGAAGCAUGGUUUAUGGGGUCACGCUCUGCUGCUUGCCAGUAAAAUGGACAGCAGAACACAUGCAAGAGUUAUGACCAGAUUUGCCAACAGUCUCCCAAUUAAUGACCCUCUGCAGACUGUUUACCAGCUCAUGUCUGGAAGGAUGCCAGCUGCAUCCACGUGCUGUGGAGAUGAGAAAUGGGGAGAUUGGAGGCCGCAUCUAGCAAUGGUGUUAUCCAACUUGACCAAUAACAUGGACUUGGAAUCCAGGACUAUUGCUACCAUGGGAGACACUCUUGCUUCCAAAGGCCUUCUGGAUGCUGCUCACUUUUGUUACCUUAUGGCCCAGGUUGGAUUUGGAGUUUAUACAAGGAAGACCACAAAGCUUGUCCUGAUCGGAUCGAAUCAUAGCUUGCCUUUUUUGAAGUUUGCCACCAAUGAAGCCAUUCAAAGAACAGAAGCCUAUGAAUAUGCUCAGUCACUGGGCAGUCAGCCUGGCAGCUUACCCAAUUUCCAGGUUUUCAAAUUCAUCUAUGCUUGUCGCCUCGCAGAAAUGGGACUUGCUGCUCAGGCUUUUCAUUAUUGUGAAGUAAUUUCCAGGACUGUCCUUAAAGAUCCACAUUACUAUUCACCUGUACUUAUUGGCCAGUUAAUCCAGAUGUCAUCACAGCUACGCCUGUUUGACCCACAGAUAAAAGAGAAGCCAGAACAAGAAUCCUUUAUUGAACCUUCAUGGUUAGUAAGGCUUCGACAUGUGGAUGGACAGAUCAAGGAGGGUGCAAUAGCUUAUAACGCAGACAGAUCUACCCCACAACAGUACGCGUCCAGCACACCAAGCUCUGAAUUAGACCAUGCCAGUCAGUGUGAUGGAGCAGGAGUCGGCCAUGACAUGGGUCCUGGUACUGAAAAUGCAUUGUUAGCAUCCCUAUUGCCCAGUACGGCACAACAGAUGCAAAGUGUGCAGCUGAUGCCUUCAGCACCUCAGACCAUCCUUGAUGGGUCGGCUGCCAUGAUCCCUYCUGCUGACCAGGAAGCUGUUCAGAGUGUCCCGUUCUAUUCGGUGGGUCCUCCACCUGUUGGUCCAGGACCUGGCUUUGCACCUGCGGGAUUUCCCAAUCAGUAUGGAGCUGAACCAUCACCACUGUAUGUAGGGUCAACGGUACCUCCAGGAGGGCCACCACAAGAGUCUGAAGCACGUUCAGAAGAGCAUACAAACCAAGAAACAGGAAUGCUGAGAACUGCCCCAGAGUCUCCAUCAAGAAAUGCUUUCCCAGAUCAGAGAGAGGAGGAUUUCUAUGGCAGAAUGGCUGGCAUGGGCUAUGGGCGAAGAUCUCGGACCACUUCAGAGUCCUCUGUCCAUUCCGUGGGCCGAGAGAGAUCCCACUCUGCAGCAAAACAGCCCUCUCCUCCUGCUCCGUCUAUUCCUGAAAGGAAAGAGACUAAAAAGGAAAAAAAGAAUGAGUCAGCACCUAGAAAGACUGGUGCCACCUGGUUUCGCUGGCUGAUGGGAAAAGGAAAGAAUGAAGCUUACCUUCCAGAUGACAAGAACAAAUCAAUUGUUUGGGAUGAAAAGAAACAACGCUGGGUUAAUUUGGAUGAACCAGAAGAAGAGAGUAAACCUCCACCACCCCCUCCAGCAGGAUUUCCUAAAGUUCCCCAGACUGCUCCUCCUGGGCCUGGUGGCCCCCCUAGUGCUCCUGUCAACAUCUUUUCCAGAAGAGCAGCGGGAAGCAGAGCUCGUUAUGUUGAUGUCCUGAACCCAAGUGGAACGAAGUCRAGUGCUGCUGUUCCAGCUCCAUCAGACCUAUUUGCUCCAUUGGCGCCAAUGCCAAUUCCUGCAAAUGUCUUUGCMCCAAAUUCAGUCCCAGGGGAACCUCAGCCUCUGGAAGGCAGUGGAGCUGGAGAGCAUGGAUCAGCUGCAAAUCAACCCAGCACAGACCCUGCUGCAGCUGCUGAUCCAGAGUAUUUAAACACUGCAAUGCUUCCACCUGGAUCCGGGCUUCCUGUUUCCAACCCUGAUGGCUCCCAGUCGGGCGAGCUUUCGCGCUCUAGUUCAAUGAGUUCAUUAUCACGUGAAGUAAGCCAGCAUUUUAAUCAGCCUUCUGCUGUACCACCUUCAGGGGGACCUCCAGCAGGAACAGUACAGUUCUACAAUCCCUCUCAGUUUGCACAAUCUCCUGCGGUUACUGGAAGUUCAAGACUGGGAAGAAUUGGACAGAGGAAAUACCCAACGUUGAAGUAGAAUACAGUGGUUUUGUAUUCAGAUUCACACUCUUUUUCUGAUUAUACAACGAACUCUUCAAUCUUAUGGCCCAUGCAUCAGUACUAGCUUGCAAUUAACAGGGCAGUAAUUUAAGGAUGGGUGACUUUUUAUUUUUAUUUUUUCAUGAGUCUUGCUACUCGCACCUCAUCUACACAAGUAAUUACCAAACAAAAUAAAUGUACCUUUUCCUUUUAAGAACUGGCUAGAAAAAGCUUUGUUGUGGUAAAGAAUAGACCUAAGGGAGGAAAUAGCUGCUGUCUGUUACAAAACCUCUUGGUAAAUUGCAUAGGCAAUUGAUUCCUUAAGUUUAUUUUAAACCAACCAGUGAGAGUUUCAAAGACAUAGGUUUCAGGGAUUCCUUAAUUUCUGAAGGAUACUCCCCUCCCACUGGGGGACAUACAUGUCCACAUUGUAAUAUAACACUCUGUGGCCUUAAGAGGACCAUGCACAAUCUUAAUGCUUAUAAAACAAGACUUGAUUUGUCAAGGUAUGAAAUUCAAGAUGUGCUCGUUUGUUUUUUGGCAAGGGGGAGGGGGGAAGAGGGGGCCACAGCUCAUCCAAAUAAAUUGACCUAUAUUGAAUGAAAACUGUGACUGUAAUCUAAUACUGAUUUGAUUUGGAUCUUUUACCUAGUAUGUAUGUAGUUCGUGGUUUAGACUUCUUGUAAAGCAAAUUGUAUAGUCUGAAAGAAGCUGUGUAUAAUAGCUGAUGCUGUACUAGUUGACGAGUGAGUGUCCGUUUAAGUGCAAUAUAUGGUUACUUGCUUUCUCAAACUGCUGGCACUGCGUGAUUAGCGAGGUAACAGCUUGGAAGUCAUUUAAUUUUUUUUCCUCUUGGGUGCCAGAAUCUGUCCGUAAUACUCUGUUCUUGAAUUCCCACUACUAAAAUACCCAAGGUCUUAACUAGCUAACAGCUAAAUUCUGAACAUGCUAAAAGUAGGUGGAUUUAGAUCUCUACCACUGGACUUUUAAGAGCUUUAGGUUGUAAUAGAGCAAAUCUUGAAAACAGUGAUAUGCAACACUCAUAUUCCCAUCCACAACAAAAGAGAGAAUAAACUUUAAAUAUUUAUUAAACCAUAGACCAUAUUUKAUUUAGAACUUGCCACCCAAAGGUUUUGAUUUUACUUGAAUUUCUACCCCCGUGUAGAAAUACCAUGAAUGUGAAAUAACCAGUGUUGGCCCUAAUCGUUUGUCUCUUCUUAAACAUCAUCAUGUUUGAGGUG